AUGAAAUCGAAAAUCUACGGCUGCUGCAAAACGCAGGUUGCGAUUAGGUUGGGAAGGGAAUCAGGUUACGAAACGUGCCCUGGUGUCCCCUGCAUGCUGACAGGAGCAGUGUUGACCAGCAUUAGGAUAAGCAAAACAUAUGCUAUCAAGAAUUUGUUGCCUAGGAAACUUAAUCCGUUAGAUAUCUUUAACGAGGUAGCUGCAGCGGUACUGACAUUAACUGGGUUUCAACACGUUUCGCGAGUAGGUGAAAUGAGAGGUCAUUCUACACUACUGAGUGUCUUGGUAGAACGUUGGAGGCCGGAGACUCACACAUUUCAUCUUCCGGUCGGUGAAGUGACAGUGACGCUGGAAGAGGUGAGCUAUAUUCUUGGUCUCCUGGUUAAUGGGGAGGCCGUUACGGGUAGAUCAGACAGUAGUCACCAGUUUUUAGUGGAGAACUGCAUUGCGUGUUUUGGUCGGGAGCCCGGUCCGCAAGAUCACGUGUUGGGGAAGGUUAAUCUUGCAUGGGUCUGGCGGUGCAGAGACACCGAGCCGUGUGACACUCAGGAGUCUGUUGAGCGGUACGUCCGGGCGCACAUUUUCUGCGUGCUCGGAACAUUUGUGUUUCUGGAUAAAUCGACCACUUCAUUGAACUCGAAGUUUCUACCGCUACUUUGGAAUUUCGACUGGAUUUCAUCAUACAGUUGGGGAGCAGCCAGUCUGGCUCACCUAUACAGAUCGUUGUGUCGUGCAUCACGAUACAAUUGUAAAGAGAUGGAUGGCCCACUAAUACUACUUUUUGUUUGGGCGUGGGAGCGUAUGCCGCUCCUGGCACCUAUACCCCGCGAUCAGUUCGGCGAUGUUGGUUUUUCACUUGCGCGACGGUGGAGUCAUUGGCGUCGACAUACAAGAUAUAUACGGAGGCAUACUGCGCAUUUUAGGCGAGGACUCGACGACAUGGGAGUCGAAGAUGAAAGUUGUAAUCAUUAA